AUGAAAGCGUCAUCCAUGGUUGCUGCCAUGGCCCUCAAGUAUUUCGACAUUGCCGGUCGUGCCGAACCCAUUCGAAUCUUGUUCCACAUUGCUGGAGUUCAGUAUGACGACGUUCGAAUUCCAUUCAAAGAAUGGCCAGCCGUCAAGGAAACGACUCCACUAGGAUUUGUGCCAGUCUUGACCAUUGAUGGCCAAGAAUUCUGUCAAUCCAUUUCCUUGACACGAUAUGCGGCCAAGCUUGCUGGAUGGUAUCCGGAAUCUGAAGUGGAAGCUCUCAAGGCCGAUAUGAUUGCCGAGACUGUCAAUGAAAUUUCUUCCCAAGCCCCAAGAAGCAAGGAUGAAGAGGAAUACAAGCUAUUGAGAAAGGAAUUUCAAAGCGGCGCCAUGAAGAAGUAUUGGACUUGGAUAGAAGGUAUUAUUCAAGAAAAUGGAGGCUGUUUCAUCAGCGGAGAUACACCUACGUAUGCAGAUCUGAUUGUUGCGCAAGCGGUUCCGGCCAUUCAAUCGGGAAUGUGGGACCAUAUUGACAAGGACUUCUUUGAUGACUACCCUGGUGUCUUAGCAACAAUGAAAGGGAUCAAAGACAACGAGCAGGUCAAGGCGUACUAUGAUUCGAAAAAAGAAGCGGCAACUGAACGCGAAUUGUAG